AAAAAAUGGACGACACAGAGCAACUGUGAUGGCUUCUCUCUCGUAAACGGGCUCUAGUGUUCAUAGGCUGGUUCUGAGAGCGGAAGUUUGUGUUGUUCAGCUGGCUGGAGGAGACGAAGAGAUGUCGGAGUACAGCUUGGCUCAGAAGGGGCCUUUGAAGCUAAAAGGGGCUGGGGAGCUGAGUGUAGGCAAGAAAAAGAAAAAGAAAAACCAAGACAAAAACAAACUCGUACAACAAAUGAUGACUAGCAAGAAAAAUGAGGAGGAAAAAAAGAAGCCGGCUUUAGAUAAAAGAACACCAGCUCAGAUUGCUUUUGAAAAAAUGCAGGAAAAAAGACAAAUGGAAAGAAUUUUGAAGAAAGCUACAAAAACACACAAACAAAGAGUUGAGGACUUUAAUCGUCACCUGGACACACUGACGGAGCAUUAUGACAUCCCGAAAGUUAGCUGGACAAAAUAAGAUUGUUUUUAUUUUAUUAUGUAACUUCUAUAUUGUAUUUACUUUUUACCAUUUGCAUCCAUGUAAAUAAAAUAAAUUG